GGUAUACUUAUCUAUGAAUUACAUCACCGGUGUAGAGCACCUUCAUAGACAUGAAGUGGCGGCUAUUUACUCUAUGGUUUGUUUGUUGUGAUUAAAAAUAAAGAUUCUAGUUUGAAUAAAUUAAUUUUGAAGUUAUUACCAAAAUACAUUAUUCUAAUUUUCAUCAUUUGUACAAAAGGAAUCUCUGAAAUAUACGAAAAAGAUCAUGGUUCGUUUAUUUCGGCCUUUAUCAAUGUUUGUUGCAAGAAGACAGUUCAUACCAAUCGAACAGCCGCCGCAACAACAACAGCAACAAGAACGACAUGAACAAGAACAGCAAUACACUAAGCACGAUUUUGACGAUUUUUUUCAUUCCAAUCAUAUACCUCUAAAUCCCUUACAACGUGGUUUAUUAAGUGUUGGAUCUGCUCUUAUAUCCAUAACGGAUCCAUCAAGAGGUGAUAUGAUUGCAUGUUUAGGUGAGACAGUUGGUUCACCAGCAUUGCAAUAUAUGUUAUGGAAAAUGCAACAAUCAAAUGAGGGACAAGAGAUACUAAAGGAACAACCACGAAUCAAUUCAAAUACUAUUGAUUUAGAUAAAUUAAGAGAUAUGCCACCAAAUACAUUGGGAAAAUUAUACAGUGAUUUUUUAAUAAAUAAUGAUGUUACACCUGACUCACGAUCGCCUGUACAAUUUGUGGAUGAUUUGGAACAAGCUUAUGUUAUGCAACGAUAUCGAGAAGUUCAUGAUUUAUUUCAUACAAUACUUGGAAUGCCUACAAAUAUGUUAGGUGAAGUUACCGUAAAAUGGAUUGAAGGUAUCCAAUUAAAACUACCAAUGUGUGUAUCUGGAGCAAUUUUUGGCCCAAUUCGAUUACGACCAAAGCAUAGACAAAUUUACCUUCAAUAUUAUUUACCAUGGGCAGUAAAAACAGGAAUUACAGCAGAAUUUUUAAUGAAUGUAUACUUUGAAAAAAGAUGGGAUCAAUCUAUAGACGAUUUACAUAAGGAACUAAAAAUAACUCCUUUAAAUAUUCAAAAAAAUUAA